ACCGCCGGAUCCGCGACAUGGCACGUUUUUACGCCCUGGCCGCGGCCGCCAUGCUCCUCGCUGGAGGGUGGCGCCGGUGCGCGGCUGAUGUCGGGGAUUUCGCUCCCUGCCUGGGGUUCUUCUACAGGUCCUGGCCCCCCAAAGGUCUGGCCGGGACGCCGAUCUGCCAGCGCUUCAGCAACCGGUACCGAUUCGCCACGUUGUACGACCGACAGCGCCGCUCCCCGUGGCUCUCAGCCUACGUGUUCACGCCGCCGGCGGGAAAGAGGCCGUCGGCCUCCUGGAAGUAUGAGCCGCAGUUGGCCUACCCAGGGGCUGAUGGGAACAUGAUCCCCUUCCCCCCGGGCCCCGUGGACCAGAACGUGGUGGAAAGCCAGGCGGUGGAGCUGGACUACAUCAAUUCCACCUACUCCCGUGGCCACUUGAACCCCAGCCUUCACCACCGGAGCCGCGAGGACCGCAACGCCACCUUCACCCUCACAAAUGUGGUUCCUCAGAAGGUGGGCUCCAACGAAGGGCCCUGGGAGAUCCUGGAGCAGACCGUCAACAAAACCUUAGCGGCCUACUGCCUCGGGGAGGCUUACGUAGUGACUGGCGUCAUCCCCUACCGGACCGGGGAGCGCUGGCUCAAGAAUCAUCGGGUGGCUGUGCCCGAGUACAUGUGGUCGGCCUACUGCUGCCCGAACUACAACGACAGUCUCCCAGAAGAGCUGAAGGACGCCUUUCCCACGUACGCUGCCAUCGGCCGCAACGACCGCAACAGCACCGAGGAGAUCGUGCCUGUUAGCAAGACGGCUAAGAAGCAGUUCAGGGGCUACGAUGUGAGACGGAUGCCACUGGAAACACUUGAGAUGUAUCUGAAGGACAGGUUCAGCACCGUCGUCAGCGUGUUUUAUGAGCAGUGCUCGGGAUCAGACUGAUCCUGCACGGAUGCAGGCGGAGACGUCCAGAUUACGAGGCGACAGUAAUGACAUUCUUCAAGAGUUGGUGCUCAUUUUUAUUUCAUUCGGACUAACUAUAAGUGCCGAGUAUUUUUUUUUCAACAAGUUUCCAAAAGUGUUAAGAAUGACCGUUUUAGGAAAGGAUCAGUCGUACACAGCUGUCUGCCGCCGCUGUGGCCAGGCUGAUGCACAACAGCUACUGGGUUCAGACUGGGAAAGAUUGUGAUCAGCGCAAAAAACAACUGGCAGCGGCUGGAUCUGAGGACUUGAGAUUAGAAUCUCUACAUAUCAAACGCGAAAUCAUUUUAUGUGCCGACACUCAGACUGGAAUAGACCUGGUCCAACUUGGUCCCAUCGGCCGUUCCGGUCAAACCUCCAUGAUCGGCUGAGCGGUCGUAAAGCGCGUCCCCGCCUCGACGGACUGACAAAGGCCAUUGUCAGGAUUCUGCUCGACGGCCUCUGAUGAAGGCUUCAGUGAUCAGAACGUGAUCUGGUUCUUUUCUUUUUCUUUUUUUUUUUGUUUUAACCACUGGUGUGCUGCCGUUUCACCUGAAUUUGUUUUGAGGAAACAAACGCAAGACGAAGCAACAAUAGCUUUUAAUUGGAAACAGGAUGUGAACUUCAUGCUACUUCUCCUCCUGACAGACAGUAGUCACAAUUCACGUGCAGUUAGCUUAGCUUAGCAUAGAGACUGGAAACCGGGGGAAACGGCUAGCCUGGCUCUGUCUACAGCGGACAAAAUUCACCUACCAGCACAGCUGAAGCUCAAUAAUUAACAUGUUGCAUCAGUUUAAUCCAGAGUGUAAAACCAACCGUUUUUUUGUCCCAGUGCGGUGACUUCCUGGCAGGUAACCCUCGGUAAAACCUUUUCUUGCUGUUUCUACACCUUGGGUUUUGUAUGAAAUUAAACAAAGAAGCUAUGACGUGCUAAUCCCCAAGUUUGAGAGUUGCUGGCAGGCAGAUUUUCUUACCUUUACACAGAGCCAGGCCGGCUGUUUCCCCCCGUUUCCGGUCUUUAUGCUAAGCUAAGCUAACUGGCUGCUGGUUGUAGCCUUAUAUUUGACAUGCAGACAUAAGAGUGCUAUCAAUCUUCUCAUCUAAAGACCUGACCAGAGCAGACAGAGUUGGUGUGGAAAGCAGCACUUACCUCAUAGAAACACAUCUAUCUAUCUGUGUAUCCAGCCACCAAAUGCUCUGGACCGCUAGAUGGUGCCCUUGUGCAAUGCAUGGAGCUGGUGGAUAUCGGUUUGUACCGACUUCUGGUGACUGUGCACUGCAACUCAAAGGGGGGAUUUACCUUGAAGUUUCGUCUGUACAGAAUCCACUGCUUAUUAAAAAAACACAAAAAAACCCA